CGAAAGAAAGGAAGUGAAAUGUUGACUCACACGUGUGACAAAGUCGUGUGAACACUGAACACCAUGAGCGCACUCCGACUUUUACAACACGCUGUUCCUAUCUCUUUCCCCUUGCCAAUCCCUACUGCCCAGACAGUUUCGACUCUUAAUUUUAAUUAAUUAUUUUUCCAUUAUUACCCCUCACCAUCCCCAGUGCACCACUUUACCACAGCCGUAGAAACCAAGAAAGGAAUUUUUAGAUGUAUGAGUCCAAUUACUGAAUCGCCCAAAUCGCAUUCCGAUCGAUUUUAUGAGUGACUCGGCCGAGUUGCUAUCUCUGGUUUCAGCUAUGUCAGAGAGAAUGGAGUUAGCCAAGCUUUGUACAUCUCGUGACUGGUCCAAGGCCAUCAGAUUGCUUGACUCGUUGCUUUCUCAGUCUUGUGCUAUCCAAGACCUCUGUAAUCGAGCAUUUUGCUAUAGUCAAUUGGAGUUGCACAAGCAUGUGAUUAAAGAUUGCGACAGGGCGCUGAAGCUUGACCCCGCACUUCUUCAAGCUUACAUUCUCAAAGGUCGUGCAUUUUCUGCUUUGGGAAGGAAAGAAGAUGCAGUUUUGGUGUGGGAGCAAGGUUACGAACAUGCUGUCCAUCAUUCUGCUGAUCUAAAACAGUUGCUAGAACUGGAAGAGCUUUUAAAAGUUGCCAAACAGGAGAAAUGUUCUCUACAUGAAAAUCAUGCAAUAGAGUCAGAGUCAUCUAUGGUUGUAUCAGAAUCAGGACAUCUGAUUAGUGAGAAUGCAAUUGAAACUUCUGCAAAUCAAAAUCAUUUGGAUGACCAGUCUAACUCAUGUAACCAUUCUAGAGAAGUUUCUGAGGUGUACAGUACAUCUACGAACAAUGAUAAUGUCUGCAAUGGUAUAAGUGAGAAGGACACAAGGGCAGGACAUUUUGGUAGCCAAAUGAAUGGGAAUCAUGAUGCUCCCAAUAAAUUGUGCUGCGAGUCUGAAUCAUGUGAUGACUCUGGUGAUAAUUGUAGUGAAUUAUCAAAAAUUUCAAGCAACUCAAGUGCUUUAACUCAAACUUCUUCAACAGUGAGUACUAGUAAAUUAGAGAUACCACAUAGUGACGAGUCCAACAAAAAUAAAAAGUUCCGUGUUACUAGAAUAUCAAAGACCAAGUCAAUAAGUGUGGAUUUUCGUCUAUCGAGAGGUAUAGCAGAGGUGAAUGAGGGAAACUAUGCUCGUGCUAUAUCUAUCUUUGAUCAGCUAUUGAAAGAGGAUCCUAGCUAUCCCGAGGCUCUAAUAGGGAGGGGAACAGCAUUUGCUUUCCAACGAGAACUUGAGGCUGCAAUAGCUGAUUUUACUAAGGCCAUAGAAAUAAAUCCAGCAGCAUGUGAGGCAUGGAAGCGGAGAGGACAAGCCCGAGCUGCGUUGGGGGAAUUUCUUGCGGCCAUUGAAGAUUUGUCCAAUGCAUUAGAGUUUGAACCAAACUCAGCUGAUAUUCUACAUGAAAGGGGUAUUGUUAAUUUCAAGUUCAAGGAUUUCUAUGCUGCUGUGGAAGAUUUGUCCACAUGUGUGAAACUUGAUAAGAAUAAUACAUCAGCAUAUACAUACUUGGGUUUGGCCUUGUCUUCAAUUGGUGAAUAUAAGAAGGCAGAGGAGGCACAUUUGACAUCCAUUCAACUGGAUCAGAAUUUUCUUGAAGCAUGGGGUCAUCUAACUCAGUUCUAUCAAGAUUUGGCAAACUCAACCAAGGCUUUGGAAUGUCUUCAUCAAGCUCUACAAGUUGAUGGAAGGUUUUCCAAGGGAUAUCAUUUGCGUGGUCUUUUGCUCCAUGGAAUGGGAGAGCAUAGGAAGGCUAUUAAGGAUUUGUCAACUGAGUUAAGCAUUGACAGUGCAAAUAUUGAGUGUUUUUAUUUGCGAGCUUCCUGCUACCAUGCUGUAGGAGAUUAUAAAGAGGCGGUUAAGGAUUAUGAUGCUGCACUAGAUUUGGAACUAGACUCGAUGGAUAAGUUUGUACUGCAAUGCCUAGCCUUUUAUCAGAAAGAAUUAGCUUUGUACACAGCAUCCAAGAUAAACAGCGAAUUUAAUGAGUUUGAUAUCGAUGGUGAUAUUGAUCCACUUUUCAAGGAGUACUGGUGUAAAAGAUUGCAUCCCAAAAAUGUAUGUGAAAAAGUUUAUAGACAGCCUCCUCUUCGUGAAUCUUUGAAGAAGUGCAAACCUAGAAAGCAAGAUCUUGUUUUCAAUAAGCAUAAGACUACGCUUCUCCAGGCUGCUGAUUCAAUUGGGGAGAAAAUUCAAUAUGAUUGCUCUGGUUUCUUACCAAAUAGGCGACAGCAUCGAAUGGCGGGCUUGGCAGCUAUUGAAAUUGCACAAAAGGUUUCAAAAGCUUGGCGCAAAUAUUUGAAUAGAAGCACAUCAAGAAAUAGUAAGAAAGCACGAAGAAGGGAGAAAGUUAAUAUGCCCAGCCAGAAUAGAGGCGGAGCUGGCUGUAGUACAAGUGGCUACUCAGAGACCAGUACUACCUAUGGUACUCUAGAAGACAAAUCAUUUGGCAAUACAAUGAUGUCUUGGCAAGAUGUUUACUCAUUGGCUGUCAAAUGGAGACAAAUUUCUGAACCUUGUGAUCCUGUUGUGUGGAUUAACAAAUUAAGCGAAGAGUUCAAUUCUGGAUUUGGAUCUCAUACACCAAUGGUUCUUGGGCAAGCAAAAGUUGUCCGCUACUUCCCAAAUUUCGAAAGAACAUUAGAGGUUGCAAAGAGGGUCAUAAAAGAGAAAAAACAUGUGUAUAACAAAGCAGAUGAGGUCAUUUAUCUUUCUGGAGAUGAGAAGUUGCAAGAUAUUAUGGAUGCGAAUUCUUGCUCUGAUCUUUACAGAGCAGUUGGGGAGGACUUUUGGCAGGCUACGUGGUGUAGUAGUACUGCGUUUGAGGGGAAGCGGCUUGAAGGGACAAGGAUUACCUUGGUCAAAAUGGAAGAGCGAGGAUUUGACUUUGCUAUCAGAACACCUUGUACUCCUUAUAGAUGGGAUGAGUUUGAAGCUGAAAUGGCGAUGGCAUGGGAGGCUAUAUAUAAAGCUUAUUGCGGUGAAAAUUUUGGUUCUACUGAUUUCGAUGCGCUUGAAACUGUCAGAGAUGCUAUUUUAAGGAUGACAUAUUACUGGUACAAUUUCAUGCCACUUUCGCGAGGAUCCGCUGUCGUCGGAUUCGUAGUUAUGCUCGGAUUGUUUCUUGCUGCCAAUAUGAGGUUCACAGGAAGCAUCCCAAAAGGCUUACAGGUGGAUUGGGAAGCUAUUCUGAACUUGGAACCAAGCUCUUUUGUAGAUUCUAUAAAAAGCUGGCUUUAUCCAUCUCUGGAAGUGACAACAUCUUGGAAAGAAUAUCCAGAUGUUGCAUCGACUUUUACAACAACAGGAUCGGUUGUUGCUGCUUUGAGCUCUUACAAUGAUUGAGUUCCUCACCUUAUUUAAUCACGCAAAACGAAUGAGCUAAUAAACAUCUUGGCGAAGUUGACUGGAAAUAAUGGGGAUGUAACAUGAAUGCAUAUGCCCUUCUUGCUUUAUUUGUGGCAUUUGCAAAAUUUGUUGUACAGUAUUUCAGACAAUAAAAUUUGUAAUUUUUAUUUCGUAUCCAUAGAUUAACAAUUCAUGUAUUUGUUUUAAUAGAUGAAUAAGGAUAUAUAUAUAUUUAACGGUUUCGACA